UCCCUCUUCCAUCGUUCUUCACAUCACAAACAUGUCUUCUUUCUACCCACGAGUCGAUUCAACAAACCAAGACGCCAAUUCCCCACUCUCGCAUCCUUCACCAUCAUCUUCUUCAAUGUAUCCCUCGCUCGACACAGAGCCAAGCACGUCAACAACGCAAGCCAUGGAAACCGUUCUCGUAACCGUCCCGGGCGCGAUUCUUCAUCUGAUAGAAAAGGACUCCAGCGUCCACCUCGCUUCCGGCGACCUCACCGUGGCCAGCAUCGGCGAAGGCGAAAAAGUGGUGGCGGUGCUGGCCCGCGUGGGCGACGAGGUCCAGUGGCCGCUGGCGAAGGACGUGUCAGCGGUGAAACUUGACGCGUCGCACUACUUCUUCACGGUGCGGGUCCCACAGAAGGAGGAGUUGGAAGUUUUGAACUACGGUUUGACGGUGGCGGCGAAGGGGCAGGAGAGGGUGCUGAGGGAACUUGAGGAGGUUCUUGAGAAGUACUGCUUUGUGUCGAAGGAGAGAGUGAAGGGCGUGGGAGGGUGGGAGGUGAUGGACGGUUCGGUGUCGGCGGAGACUUCGCCGGAGGAGUUGAGGUCGGAGGAGAAGAGGGAGGCGGUGGAGGAGCUUUCGGGCGCUUACUGGACGACGCUGGCGCCGAACGUGGAGGAUUACAGCGGGCGUUUCGCGAGGUGGAUUGCGGCGGGGUCGGGGCAGGUGGUGAGGGGUAUAUUGUGGGUUGGGGAUGUGACUGUGGAGAGGUUGAAGUGGGGGAAUGAUUACUUGAAGAAGAGGUUGGACCCUGCUUCCCACUCUCAGAUUAGUCCUCAGGCGUUGGAGAGGAUCGUAAGGGUUAAGAAGUUGACCAAGAUGUCAGAGAACGUUGCCAACGGUGUCCUCUCUGGGGUGGUUAAGGUCUCUGGAUUCUUCACAACUUCUUUAGUCAACUCCAAAGCGGGCAAGAAAUUCUUCAGCCUUCUUCCGGGGGAAAUCGUCCUUGCUACCUUGGAUGGAUUCAAUAAGGUCUGUGAUGCUGUAGAAGUAGCUGGAAGGAAUGUCAUGUCCACUUCCUCAGUUGUGACAACCGGACUCGUUUCACAUAAAUAUGGAGAGCAAGCAGCUGAGGCUACAAAUGAAGGCCUUGACGCUGCAGGGCAUGCGAUUGGGACUGCUUGGGCCGUGUUCAAACUUAGGAAGGCACUCAACCCGAAGAGCGUCAUCAAACCAACAACACUAGCUAAAGCUGCUGCUGAAUCAAGUUCUGCUAAACUCAAGGCUAAGAAAUAAGUCACAGCAACAAAAGAAUUAGGAUCGAACACCUUUAACAUAUGUAAUAUUAGUUUGUUUGCAAUUCAAUUUUUUUUUUAUAAUUUUAAUCAGUCAUAGUGAUUAGUAUUUAUAGUUAAUAGUAGAGAUUUUGGAAAAGAAAUUGUGUUUGUUACGUUUCUUUUUAUCUAAAGUGCUGUUUUUUUUUAUUGAAUUCCAACAUGUUACCGAAUUUGCGAUA